AUGAAGUCGAGGAAGCCUAAGGAAGAAACCCAGAAAAAGUCAGUAAGGGCUGACAAGAAGGCUAAAAAAAGGGAACGCCAGAAACUCCGAGGCCUAGAAUCCAAAAGUAGUAAGAAAAGUAGAAGGUUGGAAAAGGUGCUUGAAGCGAGGAGCCAAAAGAAAAAGGAAAGAAGAAAACUUAGAAGACAAAGAAAGGAAGAUGAAAAGAAGGGUUUGGAGGUUAUUAGAAGUGUGCCAAACACAAUAGAGUCCCUGAGGAGGCCAGAUGAGACCUUGGUCAAUCCCGAAGACGCAGAAGUUAAACACGAGGAAAAAAUAGACGAGUUUGCAGAACACUUCAAGGGGCACAGGACGCCGAAAUUGCUAGUAACAUCCACAAGACGACCUUCAGAGAAGAUGAGGACGUUCAUGAAGGAGAUUCUUCUUGUAAUAAACAACACAGUAUACUACGCAGUGGGUUAA